AAGGAGUACCGCGCGGCGCUCGCGCAGGCGACGCGGGAGGCGCGCCAGGCGCAGCGCGUCGAGGCGGAGCAGACGCGGGGCGUGCAGCGCCAGCACAUGGACCACCGCGCGCAGUACAAGGCGUCGCUCGCGCAGGAGACGCAGGCGCUCGCGGGCAGGCUCGACGAGGCGCUCAAGGACGGCGAGGAGGAGCGGCGCGCGGCGCACGAGGCGGCCCUCGAGAAGAUCCGCAAGGAGACGGCGGAGCUCGAGCAGGAGCUGCGCCGCGAGUCCGACGCCGCGUACCUCGCGGCGCGGUCCAAGGCGGACGCUAGGUCCGAGCGCGACCUGCAGGACCUGCGGCUGGAGGGCAUCAAGGAGCGGGCCAAGGUCGCCCGGGACACGACGCUGGAGGCCGUCAAGGCGACGUUCUCGUCGCUGGGCGCCGGCGCGACGGCGCUCCUCGGCGACGAGAAGCGGCUCGCGGCGCUCGCGGCCGUCGGCACCGCGGCGGCCGGCGGCGUCUUCGCCGCGCGCAAGUUCACCAAGGUCAUGGGCACCUACGUCGCGGCGCGGCUGCAGAAGCCGGCCCUCGUGCGCGAGACGUCGCGGGGCUUCGCCGUCGCGUCGUCGGCCUUUGGGGGCGGCCGCGCGGGCAAUUUGGCGUCGCGGCUCUCGGGCCUCGGCCGGCCCGCGCUCGAGAAGGGCGCGCUCAUGGCCGGCGCGCACUUCGAGGCCAAGCUGGAGGCGCGGCUCCUGCAGAUCGCCGAGUCGGCGGCGAUGACGCGGAAGCGCGGCGCCGUCUUCCGCCACUGCCUCUUCUACGGGCCGCCCGGCACGGGAAAGACGCUCUUCGCGAAGAAGCUCGCGGCGAACGCGGGCAUGGACUACGCCGUGGCCUCCGGCGGCGACGUGGCGCCCCUGGGCCGCGACGCCGUCACGGAGAUGCACAAGCUCUUCGACUGGGCGAAGACGUCGCCGCGGGGGCUCCUGCUGCUCAUCGACGAGGCGGACGCGUUCGUCCGGAAGCGGUCCAAGUUCAUGUCCGAGGACGCGCGCAACGCGCUCAACGCCUUCCUCUACCGCACGGGGUCGCCGAACGCCGACGUCAUGGUCGUCUUCGCGACGAACGCGCCCGAGCUCUUCGACCGCGCGAUCCACGACCGCGUCGACGAGACGGUCUUCUUCGACCUGCCGGGCGAGGCGGAGCGCCUCAAGAUCCUCAAGGAGGCCGUCGAGGCCAUGGUCGCCGAGAAGCCGCCGGCGUCGUGGUGGCGACCGCCGCCGGCGACGGUCAAGCUGGACGAGGCCAUCGACGACGCGGCGAUCCGCGACGCGGCGGCGCGGACGGAGGGCCUGUCCGCGCGCGAGGUCGCGAAGCUCGCGCUCGCCUGGCAGGCGAACGCGCUCGCGAGCGAGGGCGCGCGGCUGACGCGGGACCUCUUCGAGGAGACCAUCGAGUCCCAGAAAGCCCAGACCAUGCUCAAGCGCGAGUGG